AUGUCUAGUCAAGAUUCCUUCCAGUCCGGCUCCACUUCCAAGGUGGGGAAGAGGAGAGCCGCUCCAUACGGGCAGGCCUGCCUUCACUGCUUCAAGACCAAGUCCAAAUGCGUUAGGCAGGACAAUUCAGAUAGCUGUGAAAGAUGUCUUCGACUGAAGAAGGAAUGUUCCUCAGCAGAUGCGCUUCGCAAACGAGCAUCGCAGAAGUCUCCCGAUGCUGGCUCAGCGGCCAUAAUCGCGAAUCUCCAAGCCCAAAUUGACGAUCUCAAUGCGUUGUUGCAUAAGGUUGUUGAGAAUUCUGCAUCGCCUGCGGCUCUACGUGAGUACAUAGAAAUGCAGCAGCGUGAAGGAAAACAAAAACAGAAAGCAUAUGAAGAGACCGAGUCGCCCAUGUCUUACCAGACGCCAACCACUUCGAGUGACUGGCGGUUAGACCCGGAGCAAGAACAGACACGCCUUUCUGUUUUCCGCAGUCGCAUGCUACCGUUUCUCGCGUUCACGCACCUCUCACCAGAUGCGACUGCAGAAAAUAUCUUUGCAAGCAAACCACUAUUCUUCCAAGCCAUUAUGGCUGUUACCUCGCCAUCAAUCCAGGAGAGGCGGGCUCGUGGAAGCGAUCUGAAACGGGUCAUAAUCCAGAGGACAUGGGAAGGUAUUGAAUCGAGUCUGGAUCUACUGCUAUGUGUCUUGACAUAUCUCGGCUGGGGCUAUGAUACUUUCGUCAACAAGGCCUCCACGUCCAGUCCCUCGCGCCUCACGCAGAUAGCAAUGGCAGUAGCCCAUGACCUUCGUGUAGACACUUCUGGGCUUAAAAGAUCAGACCUUCUUUCAAAUGAGGUCUUAGACCCGGAACAUCAGACGCAUGACACGGGAAACCCUGAAAACUCGGCGCAACAAAUCCUGGAGAAUGAGAGGGCUAUACUCGGAUGCUUUUUCUUGAGCUCCAUGACGGCAUCUCAUUAUGGCCGGAUGGAGCCGAUGCGCUGGACACCUCUACUGGAGGAGUAUCUCAGCACUAUUAGCAGGUCCAGAGAGUGUCCGACCGACGAGAUUUUCUCCUUGCAGAUACGCCUACAGGUGUUAGCUCAGCAGGUCUGCGAACAACGUGAUCAGCGAGACUUAGACCGUUGCCAGGUGGCUUCAAACACAGCAUCGUCGGGUUCAACAGAACCCCUGCUUAACAGAUGGUAUCUUGAGGGCCUCCAGAGGAAGCUGCAUGAGAUUACGGCUUCCAUACCGCUGCACCUUAAGGAGAAUGGCAAUAUAUACGAAACCAUCCAUCCUGUGAAUCCGGAUGUCAUGCAAACCUCGCCUUCACUUAGCGUGUCUUCCACUCUUGACGAGCGAGAUUGCCACUAUCAGACGCUGCAGUCGAUACGAGCCUUCUUCGAUAUCAUCCUCAGGUUUACUCCCGUAGAUUGGGCAGGAUUUCCGUUCCAUUUCUGGGUGCAGGACAUCCGAUGUACAUCCGUGCUGAUAAGGCUAUCACUCUCGCCAAGUUACCGCGACGAAGUUCGCAAUACAGUUAACGUGCUCAGUGUCAUAGAUCUGGUAUCAGAUAAGUUAAAAGGCGCUGCAACUGAAAUGGGAGAGACUUCGCCAGAAGACCUUUUCGGAACCCUUUACCGGAUUGGGAGGAUGUUGCGCGCUUUUAUAGGCCCCAAGCUGGAGCCUGUAGGUCUUUCAGAGCAGCAACAGAGCGCUCUCCCAUAUGUGGAAACGCCCCUCUGGAAUGAGCCGGAGACGGCUGGGCCGUCGCAGUUGGAACUUAUGCAAAUGCUCGGCUUCAACAACCUGAUGGAGACUUCGACGGCACUGCCCUAUAACCCCUCUAUAUACUACUACACAUAUAGCUAG